GAGCAGCGCAGGUUCCGCAAGGUCAGGUGUGGCUCAGGUUGUCGGUCGUGAAUCGAGUGACGGUGGUUCCAUCUUUCUUUUCCCGGGAAUUAGUGAUCGUUCGGCCCUGCUAGAAAAAAAAGAGAGGGAUGUCUCUACGCUGCGGGGGCGCGGUCCUCACCGUGGGCCCCCGGGUAUUUGGAAGAUAUUUAUGCAGUCCAGUCAGAGAAAUAAGUUCCUUACCAGAUGAAAAAAAGAAAUUUUUACAGAAUGGACCAGACCUUCAAGAUUUUGUAUCUGGUGAUCUAGCAGACAAGAGCACCUGGGACGAAUAUAAAGGAGACUUAAAACGCCAGAAAGGAGAAAGGUUAAGACUACCUCCAUGGCUAAAGACAGAGAUUCCCAUGGGGAAAAAUUACAAUAAACUGAAAAAUACAUUGCGGAAUUUAAAUCUUCAUACAGUAUGUGAGGAAGCUCGAUGUCCCAAUAUUGGAGAGUGUUGGGGAGGCGGAGAACACGCCACUGCCACUGCCACAAUCAUGUUGAUGGGUGACACAUGUACAAGAGGUUGUAGAUUUUGUUCUGUUAAGACUGCAAGAAAUCCACCUCCACUGGAUGCCAAUGAGCCCUACAAUACUGCAAAGGCAAUUGCAGAGUGGGGUCUGGAUUAUGUAGUCCUGACGUCUGUGGAUCGAGAUGAUAUGCCUGAUGGAGGAGCUGAGCACUUUGCAAAGACUGUGUCUUACUUAAAGGAAAGGAAUCCGAAAAUCCUUGUGGAAUGUCUCACCCCUGAUUUCCGAGGAGAUCUUAAAGCAGUAGAAAAAGUUGCUCUGUCAGGAUUAGAUGUAUAUGCACAUAACGUAGAAACAGUUCCAGAAUUACAGAGGAAGGUUCGUGAUCCCCGGGCCAAUUUUGACCAGUCUCUACGCAUACUGAAACAUGCCAAGGAAGUUCGACCUGAUGUUAUUUCUAAAACAUCUAUAAUGUUGGGUUUAGGUGAGAAUGACGAGCAAGUAUAUGCAAUGAUGAAAGUACUUCGUGAAGCAGAUGUGGACUGUUUGACUUUAGGACAAUAUAUGCAGCCAACAAGGCGCCACCUUAAGGUUGAAGAAUACAUUACUCCUGAAAAGUUCAAAUACUGGGAAAAAGUAGGAAAUGAACUUGGAUUUCAUUAUACUGCAAGUGGCCCUCUGGUGCGUUCUUCAUAUAAAGCAGGUGAAUUUUUCCUGAAAAAUCUAGUGGCUAAAAGAAAAACAAAAGCCCUCUAACACUUAACAAGACAUUCAAGAUUACAGUUGGUAAUAGAAGUGAUGGCAGAAUGCCUAGACUUCAGUGGAUAUAUCCCAGUCUUUUUGUUUUACGAAAAAUAUCAAUAAGCUGUGCAUAUUUAAUUAUAAUAAUUCAUUUGUCUUUUAGCAUAUCUUCUUUGUCCCAGUAAAUAAUUGCUUGUUAUGAUGUAAUCAUAAAACAUCUUUGUAAGAGUUUACUGUUAAUAGUGUAGUUUAAACAAUACAUUAAAAACUUCUAGAAAAUC